CGCGUUGUCGAUAUCGAGAUCGCAUCUGAAUUUAAUACAGGCUCGACUUUCAAGAUGAUAAUAUAUAUACCUGUCUUCUGCGUGCGCUUCAAGUGGCUCUCGUGCAGAUAGCAGGACGUACCUACUUUAUUGUCAAUUUCCUUGUCAAUGAAAUUGUCCGCGAAUCGUCGCCGCGUUCGAGUGAUUCUCGUCAACUGCAAGGAUUCCUUUCGUUAUCCCGACUUUCGCGAUUCCCGGAGUGGUCGAUUCCGUUCAGGCUACGGCAUGUAUUCCAAUCGAUCGAGUAUCGAGACGCCAAUCUGCAUACGUUUCAUCCUGUUAUUCCUGAUCUUUCUGUCGACCAGAGUCGAGCGAAUCGAAGGUAGAAAAUGCGUGUGCACGAGCAAGGCCUGCAAGGAAGCCGGUGCCGACACGUGUGAGACCAAGUAUUCCUGUUACACGGAGUUGAUCUUGACCGGGAACCAAGAAUUCGGGGAAAAUACAACGACCAGAGGAUGCACGGAGGGUGCCACGCCAUUGUUGUGCGAGACAAAGUCCUGGGUCACGAGGUCGAAGUCGAGCGACAACGUGGACCGAUCGUCGGCUGCCUGGAUCCGUAUGCCCUGGCCCAGAUUGAAGUGUUGCGACAGCCACGACUACUGUAACGCCGAUCGCCGAGUAAACGUGUCGUCCACGUGGAUACACGACAAGGGGAGCACCGAUCCCGUCGAGCCCACUUUCGACUAUCCCGGUUCCUUUAAUGGGAUGUCGUCGAGCCGAGGCAUAAUGGGAUCGAUUCAGCCCGAUCCAGGGCCGAUUGCCGGAGGUCGGGAAUCGUCGGAUCAAUUCCUUCAGAAUCGCGUUAAGCCGCUGCACGUCGCGGCACUGGUCUUGGCGAUCGCUGCCCUGAUAUCGGUCCUAGCAGCCUGCUACGUUAUUACAAGGUUCCUGAAGACGAAUCCCUACACGGUCGGCAGCGUAGAAUAACCGUGGCUGCCACGCUCGUACUCCCCGCUAGAGAUCGAUGCUUUUCAAGGAUUUCUAACCAUCUCUCGUUGUCGGAUCGAAUA